AUGAGCGUCCAGGUGUCUGCAUGCUCCGCGUGCGGCGGACGCAACAUGCCUGGCCACCUAUCCUACAAGGGAUCCGGCUUGUGCUUUGCCGACUCCUGUCCGAGGCGUCAAGUCCGAGGGCAUCACUGCGUUCGGCACAUUCUUUCGUUAGACUCUGCUGCUAACAAAGUCCUCCCCGUGCGUAAAUGUGUCCUCUGUGGCCGCGACGCAACUCUCCUUUUGGAAGCACAUAUUGACUUGCACACGUAUAUGACGACGAGUACCAGCACCUUACAAGACUUGCUUGCGUCGACCCCCACCCUCCAAGACGACAGUCCGCAGGCUCCAUUACCCAUCGUCCUCGCGAAGAAAGUUCCUGGGAGCAGGAAGCGACCGGCAAGACCGCGCGGGUUCCAUCGCGUCAAGCGGCCAGCGUUGAAUCACCCGUUCGGGCCAAAUCCAAGGCGGUCACUCCAACAGACGGACAACGUUUUAUAUCUUGGUGGUGACAGCGACCUUUUUGAACACGGCACGGCCUCCAGGACGGCGCUCCUUCAACAGCAUGUAGACAGUCAGGUCGCCCCAGCCACGACGACACCCAAGCCAGUAGCCACUUGUGGCGCCAGUGCGUUUUGCUUGAAUCCACGAGGUUCGAAUGGGUUUUGCCAUUGGCACAAAGCUCCACCGAGCGUACCAGUGGUGGAGCCGCCCCCUCCUGCGAGAAGCCACGUGGCGGUUCUGCUGCCAAAGCCCACCCGUCCGACGCCACCUAUCGCCCAAUGCACAUACAUCGGCUGCCUGCAACCACCUGUCGCAGUCCAUGGCUUAUGUUUACAGCAUGCCCCUGGAAGCGUUCAUCAAUGCUGCAAUGUGUUUUGCACGCAGCCUGCAACAACCGUCAAUGGAUACUGCUUAGCACAUGCGUCGCUGUCAACGGACCUCCACCAACAAAGUGCAGAGUGCAGUUUACCGAGUUGUACCGCCAAGGCAGUUCAAGGUGGAGAAGCCGCCCCCCAACGUCUUUGUGCGCUGCACUGUCGAGACGCCACGUCUCGGCCGUCGUCCGUUAAGGUAGCUCUGCCCAGUAACGCUGCUGCAGGACUGCUACCAGUGUGCCAGCAUCCGCUUUGCAAGAACGUGGCAUCUGCGGCGAAUAAUUCCGAGUAUUGCCCACUACACGUUUCGUUCAACGCAGCAUCCAGUAGUCGCGUCGACGGGUGUACCGAAGUGGCCGACCACGCCCCCCACCGCCCCCCACAACCCCCCCAGGUCCCCACAAUCAAGUGCAAGAUUCGACAUUGCGAUAUCCAAGCGAAAUCACAAGGUCUUUGCCAGCAACACUAUCGCAUGUCUGCAAUCCCCAACGCUGAACCAGUGGAAGACAACUCGGUGCCGCUACCCCCGAUUGUGGCCGACUCAGGGGCCCACCAGCCAGUCGUCGCCCCUGUCAUUCCCAAUUCAACAUCUGGUGCGAAACAUACUGUGACCGUAUGCAAGGUGCCUUCGUGUGGCCGGAUGGCGCUGAUCUUUGGGCAUUGCCGCAGUCACUACAACUCGCUUCGAUGUACGUACCCACGCUGCAAGGAGCUCCAGAGUGGCGACACGUAUUGCGCUGCCCACGAACGCGCGACUGCUCAACGGGACCAAGUGCGCGUCAAGUUAGAGUCGCCUUUGUCUGGCGGGGCUCCUCAUGCUUCCGACGGGGCUACGAUGCAUGGCUACUGCAGUCGUCAGGACAACUUGCACCAGGAUGUUCCUACUGAGCCGACUGGAGCGUUGGCUACACCAGCGCCAACCAGUGCAGGUUAUGGUGAGGCUGUAGACAAUUUCCCAAGCGUGUCCCGUGCCCCAGAAACCUCUACACCUUCAACAGUGGCCCCGUCGGCGGUGGCUCAGAUUGCUGCUGCCAUCGACACGAUCCUGGAACCUGUAUCGCCCCAAGAAAACACAGUGGCCGACGAGACCCCGCCUACAUCGAGUGAAACUGCGACAACGUGCGGUGCGACGGCGUCGGGGUAUUGCGGCGACCACAUGCCGAUACUCACCAAAGUCGUGCCCUCGCUGUGCAAAACACCGAAUUGCCUGUUCAGGCCCAAGACAAAUGGCUUUUGUCAAAAGCAUUUCAUUGAAUCGCGAACGACCGACAUCGCGCCAGUCGUGACAUCCAAUCAAGCCUCAAGCCAGGCUGCAUCGUCACCAGACGCGGGGUCUUCUCAAGGCGGGAACCGUACGGAAGGAACCACGAACGCAUCGAGUGUAUCCGUGCCACGAACCUCAUGCAAGCAUCUCGAUUGCUUGCAACAUGCCGCGACGGAUGCAGAGUACUGCCCAGUGCAUAAACAGCUACCGAAUUUAUUCUCGAGCUCGACUACGCCCAGCACGAGUCAGGACAGCCAAGGCCAGUCCACCCCCCACAGCUCCACAAAACUAGACACGGACCCCCACACUAGAAACGAUAACGUCAAGGUGUGCAAAGUCAGGGGCUGCGUCGUAUCUGCCAAAACGCAGGGCUUUUGCCGGGGUCACGCGUUAACCAAUCAAGCGUCCGUCUGUGACAGCGCUGUCCCGCAUAUCGACAACAUGCCGGCGACGUGCAAGGCGGCAGGGUGCAGCGUCGUUGCGAAGUCCAAAGGGUAUUGCCGCAGGCAUGGCAACCAGAUCGAGCAACAAGCCCCUCAACCCCCCGCCACGGUUGACCUGACCAGCGACGAUUCGCCGACGACCUCUGUCACAGCCAACCGAACAUCGUACGAACGGUGCAGUGUGACGGGGUGCAGACUCAAGGUCAAACUGAACGGGAUGUGCCGCGUCCACUACUACACUCCGACCAUGUGCCAAGUCAGCGGCUGUCUCUUUAGGUCCAAGAUGGCCGGAUUCUGCACGAUACACGCGCCGGCGUCAUCCAAGUAG